UCACGUGACUCAAGGUUCCUUUCCGAAUAGAAAGACGAUGGCGGCAAACUGAGACUGCAGGAAAAACAUAUCUGCAAAAAUGAACAGGCGCCGCUUAAAAUAGCCGUAAAUAGCUGUAAGAACUGUAAGCAUGGUUCGUGCAAGGGGUGGAAAGACCAAUACCGGUUCUCGGAAACAGAACAAAAGCGUGGUGAAGCAAGAUGGAUCCAAGGAAACUCCUACCAAAAAAAGGACGCGUAAAUCAAGAAAAAAGAAGCAAUCUAAAUUCGCAGAAUAUGCCAAAAAUUUUGCGGAUAUUAGUGACAGCGACUCUGACCAAUCUGUUCAAUCAGAGGAGUCUAUUAACUCGUCUAUUAAUAGUGACUUUUCUUAUAAAAGACCAUUUAAUAAUGUUUCUUAUAUUCGAAGAUCGGUUACUCCAGAACCUAUGCCUGUUGUAACCAGGCCACUAUUACUUCCACAGUCUUCAAGAGAUUUACUUAUCGAAACAGAAGACGUUAUGAAAGCUCUUCAUGUUUAUGAAAUUGUUAGACAUUUUUGGAGAGUAUUAAGAAUUUCUCCUAGCAGUUUUGAAGAUUUCUGUGCUGCCCUAAACUCCCAGGAACAGUGUUCUAUUAUGACAGAAAUACAUGUAUCUCUAUUAAAGCUGCUUAUAGCAAAUGAUGAGUCUAACCAAGUGUUAUAUGGUAAUGCAGAAGAAAAAGACAUGGUUAAUAUCCAUUUGUAUUUAAUUGAUGCAUUUACUUGGCCUGAAAUUUUAAGGACAUACAUAAAUUCCAAUCCAGAUUACCAUCAUAUGUCAUGUAUAGUUAAUGAUAAUAAUUUUCCUUUGGUAUCAGCAAAAUCUAAACUGGAGAUUUUAUGCAUGUUGUCAGAUAAUGUGUUGAGCUUAAACACUAUAAGAGAAGAAAUUGCAAAUGAAGGACUUUUUAUAUCAGAUGACCAUUGCAGAAAAUGUGGAAGAAUGGGAGAUUUACUUUGCUGUGAACUGUGUCCAUCCGUCUAUCACUUAGAAUGUCUGUCUCCACCUUUAUUAAAAGUUCCUGAAGAUGAAUGGUUGUGUCCAGUUUGUAAUGACCAAACUAUCAAAGGAGUAUCAGAUGUGCUCUUUGAGUUGGAUCGCAUUCAGGUUUAUCGAAAUGAACCCCUUGGAACAGAUCGUCAUAAUAGAACAUAUUGGUUUAUGGUUCGCAGAAUUAUUGUGGAAGGGAACUUGGACCUAUUCUAUUACAGUUGCCAGAAACAUUUUGAUGAGCUGCUUUCAGCUUUAAGGGAUGACGAGAAGGAAACAGAAUUAGUUUCUGUUUUGGAAGAUCGGUAUGAUGAAAUUGUGAGACACAUGAAGAUCACAGAAGAGCUAUAUCAGGAAAAAAAAGGUGAUUUGGUUCCAUAUAUAAUGAUGCCAAGAGAUUCGAAGCUGGUAGAAAGUAAGGAUUUUGAGCUAUACAAGAAACAAAGACAAGAAGAGGAGGCUGAAGCUGAAAAACAAAGUUUAAAGGAAGAAGAAGAAGAAAGAAUGUUAAGACUCAUUUGUUGCCCUGAUUUAAAGUUUGUUCACGAUUCCGAUGUAGCUAAUACUAUCCAUCCGUUUGAUGAGGAACACUAUGAAGCGGUUAGAGCAGCUCAAUUGAGUGGUUGUCAGGUGAAUUUAAUGAAAAUUAAUCAGUCUGAUAAAUUCUUGGAUGAUGAAUCAAUAGUUGCUGAUGUCAUUUCUCUUUGUGUGACCAAAGUGUGUAAACUUAGUGGUGAAGAAACCAUUGAUAAAGUCAAGCAAACAGAAACAAGGAGUGAACUUGAUCAGGCUAUUGAUAAAGAAUUUCAAACAUUCAAAAAGGAAAUUAAAUCCAAAAACACGUUUGAAGCUGCUGUUGAAUUGGAUGCAGAAGCGAGAACUAAAGGUGUCGAAAAAGGAAAAGCUGAUUCUUCUGUUGUUUCCGAGGUUGGCAAAUACAACAGUGACGAGAAGUUGUUAAAACCUUUGAACGCUAAAGAUUAUUUCAAGCUUGGUAUGGGAAACGGUUAUACCUUAUAUAAGAACCAAUUUUCAGUUCAUUUCCUUGCUAAAGGUAAAAGUGAGCUGCAAGCAGAAAAGGACAAAAGAAGGUCUUUGGGGUACAAAUUUUGUUUGAACGACUUCCGAUGGAAUGGACAGUGUCAGAAUGGUUUACAGGAACUGAAAGCAACAUUAAGAAGCAGUAUGUUGUCAUUUGAAAGUUCACUCCCUACAGCUUUCUUGCAUCCAGUUUGGUAUAAGCAGCUACCAUGUUGGAUCAGAGCUGUUCGGUUAUGUAACACUGUUGAAGAUUUUGCUUCUCUCCUGUUAAUGUUGGAAGAGAUGAUAAAACCAGUUAUUAUGGUGACCACUUGGAAAGAAAGUUGUGGAACGUUAAAAUUAAGGAGAGUGGUAGGCGAAGUUAAAAAUAAGAUAAAAACAAAAAAGCCAGACAAAGAGUCUGAACUAAUUCAUGUAGAUGAUUCGGGAAGUGAGGAUGAAGUCAUAGAACCUACAGUUUUAGUGCCAGUGAAAUUUAGCUGGGUGCCUCGUCAUACCAUAUGGGAGCAAAAGGGUGAGGAGUAUCGGAUAACAGGUGUUGGAGCAUGGUGUUGGCAAAGACCAAAAAAGGGCAAAAAGAAGUACCCAACGAGGGAUAAAAAGAAAAAUAUUGAGAAAGUACUGCGUAAGGUUAAAUUGAAAAAAGGUACGCAGUUUGUCAAAAAAGACUCCUUAAAUGUUAUUGAAAGUGCUCCUGAAGAAUUUGAUAGACGUGAUGAAGAGGAACCAACUUCUCCAAGGAUCUUUAUUAAAAGAUUGGAUAUGUCACAAAUCUCUGCCGCUAAAAAUAUUAGAACUCCUGUACUUGAAUUUAGCAAUAGUAUUUCUGGUGGCACGUCUAAAGGUGCCUGUUGGUCUGAGGAUACUCUAAUGGAAGUCAUGUUUGUAAAUGAGUCUAAUAUUGGGACUGUUACUGUUAGCAACGGGCAUACAAAUACUAACUCAUCCGUUAAUUCUUCUUUUUCUGGAGAUAAUGUGUGUGCUAAUUUUGGAACCACUGAGAAAAGUUCUGUUGACAAUAAAGACAUUACUAUAAAGAAAAUAGAGAAGUCUGUAUUGCCCAGUGCACCAUAUGAUGUGAAAGUCUCUUCCAGUUCUCAACCUGUGAACCUUCUUAAAGAAACCGAACUAAAAGACCUUUUAAAUUCUGCAUGUGUUAGUAAAUUAUCAGUUGAAACAAAUGAACUUCUUACUAAACAGAAUGGUGUUGAAGUAAACAGUAUAGAAAAGGAUAAUAAAAAAUCUACCAUUAUUGUUUCUAGUUUGUGCAAUUCAGAGAGCUCUAUUACGUCUGUUGUCAGCACUGCUGUGUUAACCCAGCCAUCAUUUGUCAACACACAAAAAUCCACUCCCAGUAAAAAAAUAUCUGAAAUCAGUAGUUUGGAACAAGCUACAACAGUGUUAACUUCUACUUCCAUUGGCAUUACUCACACUUCUGCAAUUACUGUUUCUUCCCUAACUACUACUGUUGCACCAAUACAGACCACAUCAUCUGUGUGUUUGCCUUCAUCAACAGUUCUCACAGUCACGCCUACACCUAGUAUAUUGACAAAUGCAUCAAAAGCUGAAGCAUUAAUACAUGUUCCUAAAGAAUCAGGCACAUUGACUAAUUUAGGUGCUGCAGGCUCCACCUUGAACAGCCCAGCAACAUUAAAAGUAAUUUCCAGUACUCGUGAAAUUUUACCCAAAAAAGCAAGCACUGUUAUUUCCCUGCCUUCUGUUGGUAUGGGAUUAACUCAAAAUGUAAUGAUGACUCCAAACAGGUUAGUUACUAUAAAUAAUUCCGAGAAACAACAGCCUGUUUUGGCGAGUAGCAGUAUUAUCAACACACCAGUUAAGUUACCUCUUUCAAGAGUGAUUUCCAAGGGUGCAAGCCCCACUGUAGUCCAAAAUGCUCAGCCUGUUGUAAUUAAUGGUGGUAAUAAUGCUGCUUUGAUGCAAGCUUUAGCUGCUGCUGGAAUUAGACCAAACGAUAGUGGUAUUGUUGCGUUUCGAACAAGCACUGGUCAUUUUGUUAUAAAGACAGGGAAGAAGGGAGAAAUGGCUUCCCAAGGAAGUAUAAUAUUACGCCAGUCCAAUGCAUCUGUUUCCAGAAUGGCUACUCCAAAUAGCAUUAUAACUGCCAGCCCCAAAAUCAUAACAGGCCUGUCUCAAGUACGCCCACAGACAAUUACACCUGGUGUUGCCAGCGUAACAAAGGGAACAAUUCAACCGAAACUUCCUGGAAAUGGUUUUACAACGUUGGUGAACAGUGUCAACCAAAUAAAAACUUCAAAUAACCAAAUCGUGUCUCCUGUGUCAGGUGGUAAUACGAAAGUUGCAAAAGGUGGUGCUUUUUCGCCCAACAAUUCGAAAAAAAGUUUCCAUACUUAUGACGAAGAUUUUUACAACAGUGCUCACAAUAAGAUGAAAUAUCUAUUGCCUGUAUUUCAAAAGCCUGAAGCACUACUUAGUUACCAAGUCAAACGCCUAAAAGAUCGAAGGCGAGGGAUAAAAUCCGUAUUCAUGCUCAAGGACUAUCACGUUCAAAGGGUGGCACGUCAGGGUGGCUUCAGUGAGGUCGGCGGCUACUUAUAUAAUUGCAAACCUUCGCUGACAUGGCCAGAAUCUCUCCCGCGACCGACUUUUCAAAUGGCAUGGAGAUACAGACUAACAGAAGCAAGACAUAUUGCCACUGUAGGUCAUUUACUAAGAAUGCUUCAUUGUUGUUUAAAGUGGGAUGUGUUGAAUAACAAACCACCUAAAGGCGUCAACAGAGCUGUGACUUCAAACAAAGGCAUCAUGACUGUUGAAAUCUUACAUGGUGAGCCGUUAACUUCUGACGGAUUGAUAUAUCGAUACAAAGUCAGGAAAAAUUACCAGCCCUUUAAAAUAAACAAGAAACCGAAACUAGAAAAGCCAGUUACACCUGUUGAUACAACUCCAAAGUUUCGCGGAUCUGCCACAGGAAUAAAGCUUCGUGACCGCGUUACACCUAUGAAAUAUACAUUGGAUGGCAAUCUUUCUGAAAGUUCUAGUGAAGAUGAAAGUGGGGAACCCUUUCCUAAAGAAAGGACAACUAUUGAAUCUUGGAUCGAUGAGUCCUCCCUUGAUCUCUGGGAAAUUCGUCAUUACUGGGAACGAGUUGAAAACGAGAGAAACCAGAAGCGCAACCAAGAGCUCUCACAAAAGCAAGUAAUCCAAAAGCAGAAAGUGUCUUCCCUUGUUCAAGCAAGAAAAGACAUCAUUCAAAAAUAUACAUCCCAGGAUCUCGCAAAGAGAAACCAAUCAAGUCCCAGGUAUCAGAUACUGCCGAAGCAAACCAUUAAUUCAAGUCCCUUGCACACUUCUCGUUUGACCAUCAGUCCUGUAAACAAACAAGUGAUCACGAAACCAUCCAUGUUCCCUGCUAUGAAAUCAUACCAAGCGAAUCUUUUGAACAAGUAUGCACCCUCACUUUCGAACAGAGUGACUUCGAGAGGAUCAAAACCAACAGUGUUGUUGUCACGAGCAGGUUCCACUCCCCCGGUGCAGAAUCGACUUGGAAAAGGAAAUGUGCCAUUGAGUCUCACAAACAAAAAGUUGUAUACAGACCCGGCAUAUUUUAUCUCAAAAAGUGUCGUGGACAGUAUCAUUAAAAAGAUCGAAUCAUCAGAAAAAAAAGAGAAGCGAAAGGUCGAGAAGCUAGCUAACGUUCUUCAGAAACAACGCGAACAAGAGACAGCCAGACUAAAUAACUUGCUAGUCGAACGCAAAGAGAGGCUGAAAUUGCAAAUCUUACGGAAACGAGAGUUGCUGGAAACGGUGACGCUGAGAAACGUUCAAGACGAAAUCGAAAGAGAACUUGGCUUCUCUGAAAGCGCGCCUUCUGUCAUUGACAGAACUGAUGAAAUUCUCGCGCUCGAACCCACCAAAACGAGCAAGAAGAAGACGGAUUUGAAACGAAAAAAAUCAGAAAGCCAGGACGAGACGGUUCCUGAGGUUAAGAAAAAGAAGAAGCAAAAGAUGAAGAAUGUAGAGCACAUGAAUGUUGACGAAAGGUUGUACUGUGUGUGCAAAACACCUUAUGAUAAUACGAAGUUUUAUGUUGGUUGCGAUCUCUGCAAUGACUGGUUUCACGGUUCAUGUGUCGGCAUAACUGAAGACAUGGCGUUGACGAUCGAUGAGUUUAUGUGUGAAGAUUGCAGCCGACAAAAAGAAACUGUGGAGGAGCAAGAACUCUACUGUUUGUGUAAACAACCUUAUGACGAUAGCAAGUUUUACGUGGGUUGCGAUUUCUGUCAGGAUUGGUUCCAUGGUACUUGCGUUGGAAUAACUCAGUCAGAAGCCGAUCUUAUUGAAGAAUACAAAUGUCCAAAUUGCUGCAAGAAGAACGACCAAGACCUCAUCGAAAUGAGGGACUUGACCGCGAAAGAAUUAGAUGGCUUAAGAAGACUGUAUCGUUCACUGCUGAAUCACAAGAUGGCAUGGCCAUUUUUAAAACCGGUUAAUGCCAAAGAAGUGACUGAUUAUUACACAAAGAUAAAAGAGCCAAUGGAUCUACAAACAAUGAACGAGAAGCUACGAGCGAAAAAGUAUAAAACAUUGACAGAUUUUGUCGCCGACGUGUCAAGGAUAUUUGACAACUGUCGAUAUUACAACCCAACUGAUUCUUCAUUUUACCGAUGCGCCGAAGUGCUGGAAAACUUUUUCGUUCAAAAGUUGAAAGGAUUUAAGAACACUUUGAAGACGAACAAAUGAGUGAAACGCAAUACUUUGUGAUGUACAUGUAAAAUUUAUAAUGCUAAAUAUGGAAUAUUUAUUUA